AUGUCUUCUUAUCAGCCACGAAUUACCCGCGAUAUUCCUCAUGAAGACGGGAAUCUAGUGAACGAGACAGCAGACCCAAUUCCUCCUCCUCCUCACUACGAGACCGAUGGACUCCGACGAUUUCACUCCAUCGGCGUCGACCUCUACGCCGUCGACUGGCUGAUCUACAAACCAGCCACGUCCGCCAAUACACCCACAAUCCCCGAGAUUCAAUUGAAGGGCAUCUUCGGAACGCUUGCCAAAGCUCGACGAGCCGCAGGCUUCGGAUCCCUGAACCUACGCGUCCUGCGAGAGGAUAGGCUGAGUUCUGCAGACUUCGAGGCUCUCGAUACGAGGAGGCGGGAGCUACAGGGUGAUAAUUGGGAUGAGCAAUCUGGAGUUGUGAUUCCUGUUAUCAGAAGGAGUCAAUACUAUCUGGAAGCUUGA